AUGGCUGCAGCAGCGUCCGUCGCACCCGUGGCGGAGCCGGCGAAGAUUGCUGCGGUCGAGGAUCCUGUCGCUGACGCGGAGCGAGAGGCGGAUGUGGCGGCGGCAAUGGCAGCAGCGGUGGAACUGGUGUCAAAACCGGAGGUCAUCGAUGACGAGUUCUCGCUAGCACCGCAGCCGGACGACGAUGCCGCAGCCGAUGCGACGUCAACGCUGCACUCCCCAUCUGCCCUCGUCGCCGGCCGCGCGUCGCAGGAGCAGGAGCAGCAGGAGCUGCUUCAGAGUGCCGGCGUCUCGAAGGCCGCUUCCGGCGCCAGUGGCGGCAGCAGCGCUAGCGGAUCGGGGAAUCAUGCCGGAAGUAGCGGCAUUAGCAGCGGUGGCAAGGGCGGCAAAGGCGCGAAUUCGAAGGACACGCUCUUCUUCCCCGACUACCGCGAGCGCGUCGUGCAGAUAUUUGAGCAGCUGACGCAGAUCAACAGCGCCCUCGGCGAGCGCUUCAAGUCGCAGUCGUACGGGCGCACGGUGGAGCGCUUCAAGCGCGGCGACAAGGUGUUUCAGCUGCUGCCGCCGAACCUCCUGCCACUGCCAGAGGACGACCCGAAGAAGAAGGCAGUAAUCGAGGCGCUCUACAAGGAUGACCCUGCGGCGCAGAAGAAGCGCGUGGAGGAGGUGGAGCGCAACCGGGCGAAGCGCAGUCUCGUGCUCUCCAGCGACAACCUCAUCCCAGGCCUCGGGACGAAGCUGCGGGAGAAAGUAAUCGAAAUCCUUGUGACGGGUGGCUUGGAGGAGCUGCACCAUCAAGAGGCGAAGCCCAUCAUUCGCGCCAUCCGAGAGCUCACACAGGUGCACGGCGUCGGCCCGCGCACCGCUAUCGACUACUUCAAGAAGUACGACAUCAGGACCGUUGCGCAGCUUCGAGACUACGCCAUCAAGGCAGGAGAGCUCGACAUGAGCAACAAGGAUAGCGGCAAGCCGUCGAAUCUAGUGGUCUGUGCUGACAAGUCAAAGUUCCACUUGAACGACGCGCAGCGACUCGGGCUUGUCUACUACGAGGAUAUGUGCCACCGCAUCCCGCACGAAGAGGGCCGCCUGCACGAGGCUUUCAUGAAACUGCGGAUGCGCAAGUACCUUGGCAAGGACUAUGAGCUUGUUGUGUGUGGUAGCUACCGUCGUCAAGUUGAAUCCGCAGGUGAUAUCGAUGUGCUCAUCACGCACAAGCGCAGCACGACGGAGGGCGGUGGUGGCAGCAGCAGCAGCAGUGGCCGUCCUUUGUUACCGCCGUCGGAGGUGCUUGGCGCGUUCCUCGCUGGGCUCAAGGCGGACAAGUACAUCGAGGCUACGCUGGCGCAGGGGCCGACGAAGUUCAUGGGGCUGUGCCGUCUGCGCGCGGUGGGCACCGAGUCUGUAACGGCUUCUACGGGCAAGGGCAAGGCAGCGAAGGCGAACGGCAAUGCGUCGACCAAGUUCCGUGCGCGUCGCCUCGAUGUCCGCUAUGUGGACUCGGACAGCUUCCCUGCAGCGAUGCUUUACUUCACCGGCAGCAAGAACUUUAACGUCAUCAUGCGCAGCGAAGCCAUCAAGAAGCACUGCAUCCUUAACGAGUACGGCCUCUUCCGCAAGCCGACGCGUAAACAGAUGCAACACUACAGUGUUGUGCAGAAGAACCCGGAUAUGAGUUUCCACGAUAUGAUCACCCGCCUCGCUCGCUUCGACCUCUCCGCCAUCAAGGACGAGGAGAAUGAGGUCGCCAGCGGAUCGCCGGCCGAAGCUGGAGGCGGGGCUAGCGGUGCGACUGCUGCCGGGAGCGGUGUCAGCGGCGACGCAGACGGUGCGGCAUCAAAGAAGGUGACGGCUGCGUUCAAGAAGAUUAAGAAGAAGGGGAAGGAGAGGACGAAGCAGGAGCUCGCCGAGUUGCGUGAGAUGGCGAAGGUUGUGGAGCGGCAGCGGGUAAAGGCGUGCACGGAGCGCGAAAUCUUUGAGGCGCUGGGCAUGGACUACGUCCCUCCAAAAGACCGCAGCGUGUAA